CAUGGCACGCAUGCAACACGCAUGUGCGGGCGCCACAGAGCUGGCUGACUAUUGAUUUUUAACCAAAGCACACAGAACAAAGCCAAACUCCUUGUACAUACCAAUUCAGUUCGCGUGUGUGUUGGACAAAGGCGAAAGCUCAGCCAAGGCAGCUAGCAAAUUUUUCGUUAUUUCUUGCGAAGCAAUAAAAUAGUAAAAGAAAAAACAGGUAAAAAUGCACGCAAGAUUUGCGGAUCCAGAGCCCGCCUCGCCGGACAGCGUGGAUAACAUUGAAGAGGAAACGCUGGAGGCGCGCAUCGAGCACUUCAAACAGAAUCCCAAUAAUAUGGCCAUGCUGCACGAGUUCAUCGAUGAGGUGGCCCAGCGUGCCGAAACGGAGGCCAAUAGACGUGCGCUCGAAUCGCAUAAAUUGCAACAGGGCAAGGAGAAGCGACAGAGUUUCGCCAUACCAGAUUUUAAGAACGGCAAAGUCGUGAAUCGCGCUCGUGGCUUUGUGGUGCGCAUCUUUGAUGCCAUCUGCAAUUGUGCCAACAACAAUGCAGCAGCAGCUACAACACGCUUCAAGCUGCGCAGCAAUGGGGGAGGCGGCGGCGGCGCAGCUAGUGCCCCAGCUGGUGGCAAGCGGCAGCAGUCGCACGACGAACCGGAGACCUUGAUGCUCAGCAAGAAGAAGUCAACGGCGGAGGGCAAGAAGAAAUCCAAGGGCGUCACCAUGGCUGAGGAUGUCGAAGCGGGCGUUCGACUCGUAGACUAAGAUCUGGCCUUUAUAUCAGACAAAAGAAGAAUCAAAAGUCCCUACCCCAUUGAGUCCAAUCAAAAAACCAUGCCAGAUCUAAAUGGGCAUAAAAGACCAAAAACAAAGUCUAGGCAUUGAUUGAAAAUUGAGCAAUUACUAAUUACGAAAUACGGUCACACUUAAACAAUUUCAGUGCUGCCAAUAGGAAACUAUUUUAUAGCAACAGCUCAAAUCAAGCUUAACUCAAAAUCAAUUUCAGCAACAAUUGAAAAUCGAGCAAUUACUGUUAUACGCAAAUAACGAAAUAACUCAAAUAUUAUUUAAAAAACUAAAAACAAACAACUUAACUCUACCUUGCUCAACACAAAAUCGUUAAAUGCACAAUUUUAAGUCUUCCCCUUUGAAUUCGAAAUGGCAAAAAAACUUUAAGCAAAAUACAUUUAAUUUUAUAUGAAUGUGUCUAAGCCACAUAUUCUAAAUGAUUUCGUUAACCUAGAUGUGAUCCAAAUUUAACAAAAUAUUAACUCGACUGCAAAAAAGAAAAGCACAAAAAACCACUUUUAGGUUAGAAAGAAAAAAUCAUUGAUAAAUGUAACUGAGAAAAGAAAUCUCACUUCACAUACUGUCCUCUAACUAUCCAACUAACUCUAACACAAUCAAUGUAGGGUAUUGCUUUAAGAACACCUUACGAACGAACAGAGCCGAACUCGAGCACACAAUAACAGGCCUUUCAAAAUCUCCACCUAAUUAUAACUUUACAAAAUACAUACAUACA